UAGGACCCAGGUUGUCGAAAAUUGCUCAGUUGCGAUCAGAGCUCGAGUCUCGCAAGCACAGCUGUCCGCCCUGCCCGCACAGUUAAGGCCACACCGGCAGCCUCACGUCCGAGCCAGCGACUAAGAAGCAGGCAAUCACGUUCGCCCGCGCCCAAUACACCCCCUAUGGAACCCGAAUAGCCGGCACGCAGAUGGCAGCGCCCUCCUACAAUCCAUACCCUGGAGACCAAGCCGAACUCACCAACAACCUGCGCCUCGAAAGGUGCCAGAAGAUGCCGACCAACGGCCACCACCAAAUGCAGCUGGGCAGCAUCGGCAGCAUCGGCGACUUGUCAUUGAGGUACAACAACAACAACGACUUCUACGGCAACGGCACUCCAGUAGGCAAUCUCGCCGUCGGCGGCCUCGGCAGCAUCAGCCCCGAGAACAACGACGGCGGUGGCAGUCUACUUGCCGACCUGCUAUACUCCCUCAGCAAAUCCACAAUAUCUGCCUCGCCCAGCCCGCCCACCAUCGAGCAUGGCAGAACCCCGAAUUGUGGGUGCGAAGACCGGCUAUCGUAUCGUUGUCAGGAAUGCAAUGAGUUGUUGUGCGAAAACUGCAUGCAGGCGCAUUAUAAGGUUCGUGUCACCAAGGAACACACUAUAAAGCGCAUCAACAUGCAGGGCUCGCUCCCCAGUCCUGGAGAUUCGCCAGAUAGUCUCAGUAGCUUGGCGCAAUCCCCACCACCAAUGGCAAUGGGAAUACCAGUAGCACCGCAGUCGCUGAUUGCAGCAAACAACCCUAACUCCACACUGAUCCAAAAGACUGAAAAAGAACUGGAACUGGUGGCCGCGAUGUCCAGUAGCAUUGAUCAAAGGAAUGCAGUAAUCAUUGCAGAAAUUCACCACGUGUUUGAAACAGCUAGUGAGCACCUCGUUAAGAGAAAGGAGACUCUUUUGGCACAAGUAAAUCGAGUGGGCCAGGCCAAGCACAGCGCACUGAACUUUCAGGCCGAUUCUCUAAGACUGCAUCUCCGCAUGUUAAACGGCUCCCCACCAACCCCAAGCUCAACUUCGCCAACGACUGCAGCACCCGUAAUCUCGAGGCCUCUGCCUUGUUUGCCGUGCGAAGACGACAUCAUAAGGUUCAGUUCGUCAGAUUUGCAGCCGCUGCUUGACUCGAUCAGCAUGUUGGGCCACGUGGCGAGUUCAGGAUGCGCCGACCUCACGGUGGCCUCUGGAGAUGGCUUGAAAAGAGGCAUUCGCGGACGACUUGCCACUUUUACUGUCAGAGUGACAGACCACCUUGGGGUACCCAGGAGGAGCGGACGGGAUUUAAUUGGUGCCAUUGUAACAGACAAAACUCAUAGGACGUCGCACGCUGAUGUCCAGGAUCAAGGCGACGGCAGCUACCUUGUCAGCUGGGUGCCUCGAAGGGAGGGUGUCCACGAGAUAUCGGUCACCCUGCGUGGCAGACCGAUACGCAAUAGUCCGUUCCAUCCCAUAGUUCGAGCUGGCCGCGACUACUUUCUCGUCGCAAAACCCUACGUUAUGAUUGGCCAGGAGGGCGAUGGCCAAGGUCAAUUUUGCAGGCCCUGGGGCGUGGCUUGUGAUAAGGAGGGACGUAUUGUCGUUGCUGAUCGCUCCAACAACAGAGUACAAGUUUUUGAGGCUGACGGAACUUUCCGACACAUGUUUGGUGAACAUGGUCCCGGUCCAGGACAUUUCGACCGGCCUGCUGGAGUUGCAGUCGACGCCCAAGGGCGAAUCAUUGUUGCAGACAAGGACAACCACCGCAUUCAGAUCUUCUCCUUUGAAGGCGUUUUCGUGCUCAAGUUUGGAGAGAAGGGAACUAAACCUGGCCAGUUUAAUUACCCUUGGGAUGUCGCGACUGAUGCUGAUUCGCGAAUCGUUGUGUCCGACACGAGGAACCACAGAGUUCAACUUUUCGACCGCCAUGGAAACUUCCUGAGCAAGUACGGCUUUGAGAGCUCCUCCAACAUGUGGAAGCACUUUGACUCACCGCGUGGGGUGUGCUGGGGGCCAAACCGCAGUGUCAUCGUUACCGACUUCAACAACCACCGGCUCGUCGUCAUAGAGCCCAGCUUCUCAAAUGCCCGCUUCAUCGGCGGCGAGGGCUCAAAUCCCAAUCAGUUCCUCAGGCCCCAGGGCGUCGCGGUGGACGAAGAGGGUCAUAUCAUUGUUGCUGACUCGCGCAACAACCGUGUGCAGAUCUUUGAGCAGAAUGGCAGUUUCCUCUGCAAGUUUGGCACUUCAGGCACCCAACCUGGAGAGCUGGACCGUCCCAGUGGCCUCUGCUUAUCGCCAAACGGAAAAAUUGUUGUGGUCGAUUUUGGCAACAACAGGAUCCAGGUAUUUUAACUUGGAAGCACACACACACACACACACACACACACACACGCACUCCAUCGUGCAACAAUUGAAAUUUGGCGACUCUUCUUUUUAUAUUUAAAGUGGAAUGAUACUGGGCAACAAUUGAAAAUUAUUUAAAUUGUUGGAUGCCUUAAACAAUUGACCGAUAAACAAUUUGUUCAACAAUUUGCAAUAAUAAAAAAAUGACCUUCCUACAAUAAAAAUUCAAAUUUUGCCAAUUUUCUCCAAAAUUUACAGUGCUUGAAUAUAUUUUCUUAGCAUAUUCCGAUUCCUCUCGUCGAGAUCUGUCCAACGGUGUAUGCCACUUAAUGGGGAAAUUCUUGGUUUUGAAAUUAAAUCGGAUUUCAAGUAAGGAGACAGCCAUUACCAUUUGAAAAGCACGGUAACUUUCCAGCCAAUUUUCUCAAAAAAUUACAGCGCUCCUUAGGUCAAUUUAGGCUCUAACUGAAUCCUAAGGGAUGAGUUUAUGCAUUGGCAACAAGCAUUUUCUAGGCUUUUCCAGUAUCAUUCCUCUUUAACACUCACAACACGCGCUAUAUCUCAUACGUUUAUGGUUACUUUUUAGCACGAAAGGAAAUUUUUGUAAUGGAACAGCAUUGUACUAUCAACUGCUGCCAUAGUUGAUGGAUGGUUUUGGAUGAAGCAUGCGAAAAUGAAUCCAAGUCAUUUCUUACUUCUUUAAUUUCUAGAUUCGUAAAAUAUUUUUAAAAGUUAACUUUUUCCUAAGUACACACAACACAUGGAGAGAGUGGUGCAAGCAACCACUCAUUUGAAAUAAUUAUGUAUUUUGUUCUGUUACCGUUUGCAGCUGAAAGCGACAAAAUUCGUUUAUAAGAAUUAAAAUUCAUUUGAUAUUGAUUUUAUUAGUGAAAACCCCUUGUCCACCACACUGUUGACGUAAAUUUUGUUAUAGAAUUGUUUCAAUUUUGAAUAUCAGCUUUGCAAGUUGGACCAGUUAAAUCUUGAUCCCGUACUUCAAAAAGUAUUUAAAAUUUGAUCGCGCAAAUUGUAAAAAAUAAUAAUACGUGAAGUUUGUUAUCAAGCACGUUGACACUGAGAGCUAGCAAACGGAAAAGAACUAAUUGGCGGCGCCAGACGGAGUCCGGCGCUUUUCACACAUUUUUAUGAGCAAUAGGUGUAACAUUUAUAAAAUUACGCAAUAGACAAAUAGUGGUCAUUGAUUAUGAUGACGUGCUAGGCUAAUAAUUUCUUAUGUGGGUUUUUAUUCACCGGUAGAUAUCCAUGAAAACAUUCGUACAAGGCAUGCAUCAACUAAUGUAAUUUUUGAAGCUUGACCACUUUGGAAUCGUUUUAGAUUAUAUUUCAUUUUAGUAAUUUGAGUCCCGUGUUAUGCUCUCAGUUAUCAAUAAUUAUUUUCACUUUGGUUCAAUCAAAUUGGAUUAUACCACAUAAGCUCAGGAUGAAAUUAUUUGUUCGUUCUUUUGUCGAUUGAAGAAAUUUCAGCAUAUGUUGUAAAUAACUAUGAUUUUAGAUUUAGACACCACUGUGCGAGGUGACAAUUAUAUUUAUUUAAUUAUAAUCAUUACCAACUGUAUUUUAGUUUAGUUACAACAAGCAAAAGCGAUGGUUGACUCGAAAUCAACUACUUUUUAUACCUUUUCACUUAAGUGUCGCAGUUCCAUUUAAGCAUUAAUUAGUCUAACUACAAGAUUCCUACUACCAUUUUUCAAUAGGGAUAAAACAUAUGAAUAUGAAAACAGGGGCCCGUGGCUUCGCAAAACACACAUAAACAAACACUCACACUGACACUCUCAUUAGCAAAAGAAAAAAAAACAACCAACGUACAAAUUUUCUGCAAACAUCGGAAAAUGUAAAAAUAUCGGUGCUCACGGAAAAAUUAUCACGUGGAUGAAAAUUUCGAUCCCGGGAUGAAACGUUAUUUUCGAUCGUUUCCUAAUUAAUUUUAUCAUUCUCCGCGCGCAUACAAACAGAAGUAUUACAUAAAUCAGGCAGUGGUCAAUUUAAAAAAUUGAUUGGUCCGGUGGAUCAAAAGCUUCGUCCCCAAAUAGGACGACUAAUUUUUUUCUACGCCGUAUUGACCGACGGUUAUACACUUGAUACAAGUUGAACAUAAAACCGUUUGUCGCAGGCCGUAGUGGGAGUCUGGUAGUUUCUUCUUGAUGAAUUUUCACUCACUCUUUCACACACUCAACAACAACAAUAAUAUUUUAAAAAAAAAAACACACACACACAUACUAUGUAGCGAAAUAGCAAAGAUAGAAAACACGAAAUCGCGCUGGAAAGAUCACUCCUGUAGGUCAUGAUUAUCGCUUUUUCAACAGAUGCGAAUCACGUGCGUGUGAAUGAUUGAACGAAUUUCGUUUUCAGCCCAGAGUUUUACAUAUAAAUGUGUUAGCAAUAAAUUAGAUGCGCAUCAUGAAUGUGAAUGCGAUUGCGAGAGAGACUGAUUGACUCUAUUUAUUAAUUACAUACAUACUUAUAAAUGUGGAUUUAAACCGAGACAGAAAGUACUUUAACAAUAUGAAAUAUUCUUAUUCUUCUGCUCUUUAAGGAAUGCUAGAGAUAUACAAAUAUAAUUUUGUUCAACUAUACUUGAAUCGCGCUUGUUGUUUUCUAUUAUAUCGAUCCAUUCCUCCGCGUAAAUCGAGAUUUCUUCUUCUUUCGUUUUUUGUAUACUUUAUGUCUUGUUUUUAAGUUAAGUGCUGACGGAGCGAUUGGACUACCUUGCAAUUGGCAUCAUGAAUAAGGCGAUUGAUAUUCCCAAGGCAGUUACGAUUCAGUUACGUUAGUUUUACUCAAAUAAAAAAUCACACGCAAGUCCAAUGCGCCACAUUAAAUUCGUAGUUAACAAAAGUAACGCUAAGCGCUUUUUAAUGACAUUACUAUGCUGUUUUCUUAAACAAAUUUCCAGAGGUAAAUAAGAAAAAACACUGACACAGACACACUUUACAGACGCUGAAACUGAUUAUUCGAACGGUGAAUCAGUGAACUAUAAGAUUAUUGAAAAUUUUGAAUUUUACCUGUACAACGAUGAUUGCUAUGAGCACUAAGAAGCAAAACGGUAAAUUAAAAAGCGGGUUGAGGGCUAGUAAAGAGAUAACAAAUAUCUUUAAUUGUAUUAGCAGUAUCCCCAAGCAGAAAUCAUUGUUGUCUUUUGUUUAAAACAAAUUGACAAAAGAUAUUGGCAAUAUUUACACAAAUGAGAAGAGUUCUUAUAUUUUUCCUAUCGAUUCUUCCAUGCAGUAUUUAAUCCAAAAGUUGUGCGAAAAGAACACUUUCUCAAUUACACAUACAUACACAAACACCGCCUGCUACAUAAUAUAUUUAAAUCGAGAACAAUUGCAAACAAUUAUUUUUCUAAAUCAUAAAUGGGCCACUGUAGAACCUUAUUUUUUGUUAUCUUUUGAAGAAAUUUUUAAUGAAAACAUUUUAUGUUCCUAAUUUGGAAACCUAAAGGGUAUAAAAUUAUUGAGGAUUUCAUAAUAUAGGAUAAAGUUUCUCGGAGAGACGAGACAAAUGCUCACAGCAAAAGUUAAUAUAUAAUUAAAACGCACGUAUGUAUAGUAGAAGACGCUAAUAAUUAUUUUAUUGUGUCAGAUUCAAGUUCCUUUCAUUAAUGAAUAAAUAAUAGUUGUUAAGGUAUAAGGUGAAUUUCAAGUAAAAGAGAAUAUAGCGACGUUACUUGAGAUGUGUGGUUACAGUUUAAUUUUUAAUCAAAGCAGUUGGCGAAUGACUUGUAAAUAUCGGAUCUAUUUAAAGUAAUAAGUUUAGAACCGCGGAUUUUCACUAUUCAGAAUUCGGCGCUCGAAAAUGUCUCAGCCAGAGUUCAGUUGUCGUUAUAAUUUCAUUUUUGAUUCUCAGGGAGCACGAUUUUCAAAAAAAGUUCGGUGCUCAAAAAAAUGGCCAUGAUUUAUUGCAACUCGAGUUAUUGACAAGAGGGUCGGAUAUUUUGUGAGGAUGCACUUCUUCUCCAAUGAAAACACAAGAACAGACAAGGGAAUAAUUGAUCAUGCUAGUAGAGCACGGCCAGGAACUCUAACUUUUGUAUUUGUCGCCUUUUUGUUCUUUUAAAAUGCCUCGAAUUGGCUCUAAAAUGUGUGUUUUUAUCACAGUGAAAGCAAACUCUUUGAAUCCGAAAUCUCGUGCUUUACCUCCAGUAAAACCACUCUCAUAAAACGUGUAGCGACAGUAUAAUUAUUUCAUUUGGCGUUUUCAUGCGUUCACCAGCAAUACACGAGGAAAUCACACGACACGGAAAAACAUAAAACUGCCGUUGCUACCAUUCGUUAGGACAAACUAACACCACGCAACUGACCGUGGUUUUUAACAAGCUUUUUGCCAAGAACAAAAAGAAAAAAAGACACGAAACAGGAAAGCAUGGACGCACGCCGAUUGCAUAUGAAGCUAAACGAUACAAUAUCUGAAAACAGAAAAAACGAACACUAGUAGCUCUAUACGUUUUAUAUGAAAUGCAUUUUUAACUGAGUCAUUUCAAGUUUUUUAAUAAAAUUUCUGUACUUUCCCCGCGCACUUUUAUCAUAAUUGAGACAAAUUCUGAGAGUAGCAUAUUUUGAUCGACCAGCCCCGGUGUAUUAUAUAAUAGACGAUCAAAAACGCGAUUAGAGCAUAUAUAUUUGUUUAGUACAAAAAUAAAAUUAUGCCAACUAGAUUUGACCAGUGAAAUAUUUACCUGCCUGCCAUCAACGCCACCCACCCCCUUCCACCUCGGACAAAUAGGGAAGCUUCGUUUUCCUAGCUUGGGAGAGCGCCCUUGAGCAAGGGCCUACUCCAAAAUUACCGUGUAAAUAACCUAGUUAACCACAGAGCAUCUGAUCUUGUUGAAUAUGAACAUUUGCCAAUUAACUCAAUUUUUAUUGGUCAGCAAAAAAACAGCUAGAGGGCUGCAGAUUAGAAGUGGAAAUUUACAAACCUGGACUCUCAAAGUUAAAGUAGAGCCGCAAUCUUCUUAGGUACAGAUUCAAAACUUCUCCGGAGACGGGGAAUCGGAAGUCAGGGGAGUAUAAUUUCCAUCAGAGCCUUAUCUGUACUGUUCCAUGUGUGCGCUCUUAAAAGCCAAAACUGCCAUAGAAAAUUUUUCGCAAUCAAAUUGAGUUGGUAGGGAAAACGGAAAUACCGCGAAAGUAGGCAAGAAGCACCCUUUGAACGCCCUUUUUUCGCUGGACCGAAUCGGCGCAGACAAAUUACGUACGUAAAAAGUGAAAUUAAAAUACCUCUUCCUAGUGCUAAACACACACACACGCAUGCAUGCAUAUACACAUACACACUACAUUGAUACAUAAAAACACAACAAUUGCAAAAUAGGAUACCUGAUAAAAACAAAAAUUUACUGUACCAAAAACUACUAAACAGCUUAAAAGCGACAACACUCUCGCCCUUAAGAAUUAAAAAUCUCUAAAGAUGUGUAUAAUUUUAUGGAAAAAAAUUUUGUCCGCGCCUGUUGGCAGAGUGAAAGUUCUAAAAUUCCCGUGAGUUUGAGUACGAGUGGAACAUUUGAUUCGCUCCUGGCAGAAAUUCCCUUUUCACGAACUGUGUCGAUAUUUGUUGACCCUUUUCUGCACUCACUUGGCAGAGCGAAGUGGAGUCAGAUUUGUUUCUUUGAAAGCUAGCGAAAAAUCGUGUUGUGAGUGAACUGCGGAGGAAUUUGAAAAAUCCCUUUAAACCGUGCAUGCAGUUUUAAUUUAGCUUUCCUUGUCUUCACGUGAAAGGCAGGAAAACUCGACUGCUUGAAAAGUGGAAUUUUGCUAAACUAUAGAGGGUGAAAUGCUGUUAUUUAAGCCCAUUGAAAAUUUAAAUCACCCUCCUAGUCUAUAAGUAAAAAAUUAACUUAUGCGAAACCGGUUUAAUACUUCCAAUGAAUACACACAUUUAGAAUGAUCGGUUGUAAUUUAGGUGUUAAAACAUUUUUUGUAUCAUCUUUCGUGUAAGUUAUUUAAAGUAAAAUCAAACUCAGCUUCACACACAAACACAUUUGAGCAAACCUCUUCAUAAUGCCACAUGUCAUUUCUAUAUAUUAUAUAUGCAGAAAUACUUCAUUUCUUUUUCUAUGAUUCUAGUUAUUAAAUCGUAUACUUAAAUGAGCUCAAAGCUGCUUUCAUUGAAUAAUUGGAACUAUACGAAGAUAAAGCAAAUUGAUGCAAUUUGUGCAAGGUGUAUACAUUAUUUUGUUACAACAAAUCGACGGUUAUUAAAAUAUAUAUUCAAAGCUCAUUUUCCACGAAUAUGAAAUGUUAAACAUGAAAAAAAACACACAUACCUACACAAAAACAAGUUAGGUGUCAAUGAUAGGAAGAUGUUGUUUCGACUCUGACGCGCUCGUUUUGAUUAUAAUUGUGUCGUUCAUCUCUAUCGAAUUGCACUUUGUAGAAAAUUUAAGCAUAGAGAUAGAGGAAUGUACAACUCUGUAAUUAAGGUACUUUGGAUGUAAACUAGAUAACGUACCUAGCGAAUAAUUGUAAUGAGUCUGCCGUCAUCAACCGUGUCAGUUCUUGAAUGUGUACAUACUAGAAACAUGAAUAAUAAAACUGAAAA